UGAUAAGUGAUGUAGGUUAUAUAAGUGUAUGUGAUAGGUUUUUGGAACGUUUUCUGUAAUUUACAUCGUUGAUUUUUAGAUAUUAUUUUGUUUUCUGUUGUUGCUGAUCGUCUUUAUUUGUUCAUAUGUGUGCAGAAAUGAAUACUAGUCAAGUAAUUAAUGAGGAUUGUAAUGUACAAUCGAGGACGUUUGAUGAUAAUAGAUGCGAUUCGACCGAAUUAGGGAGAAAUCUACAAAUUACUGCCGCCACAUGUACUAUUAUGGCUGAAAAAUUGAUGAAAAAAAGUGCUACAAAAAGAAAUCGUAAAUGUAUUUCUGAUCCUUGUGAACAAAGUACAGAAGAAAUCCAUCAUCGAAUGUUAGAAUUAGAAGAAGAAAUUCUUGCAUUAAAAACUGAGAAUUCCAAAUUGCGCAAAAUACAUCUAAAUGAAGUUAAAGAAUCAAAUCAAGAAACACAUUCUAAAUGUAUAACAGGACAAGAAGAUAAGAAGAUUUUGGUUCUUCGUGCUGAAAAUUUGAAACUUAAACAAUUAUUAAAAGAUGUAACUGAAGUAAACAAAAGAUGGCAAAAAUAUAAUCAUGAAAGACAAGAUCAUCUACAGCGUCUUCUAGAAGCUAUUCAUGAACAACAUAAACAACCUGUUUCACAUCUUCUAUUCAAUAAUGAAGUUCCAAUAAAGGAAAGAAGGCAUAUGAAGUUAAAAGCAGGAUGUCGACACAGUGAUUCACAGUUGGAACAUGUAGGAGAACAAUCUGCCAUACAGCAGAGAUAUGAAAAUGCAGUUAAGGAAAUAUGUCACCUGAAGAAACAAUUAGAAGAAUCUAGACAGAUUCAAGAAGCUAUUAUUCAGCAAUUAGAAUUAACCAGAAAUGAGAAGAAAGAUGAAGUCCUCAUGUUAGAAUUGCAGAUAAAGACAUAUAAAGAAGAUUGGGAAGCUGAGAAACAGGAAAGAUUGGUUGCACUAGAAAAAAUAAAUAACUUAAAUGAAGAAUUGAAUGAAACAAAAGUAGAACUUUCUAAUUGCAAAGAAAGAUUAAAACAGAUAGAAGAAACUUCUAGAGGAGGAUCUACUUUAGGAAAAACAUUUUGGCAGCAGUUGAAACCUUCAGCACCUUCAAGUAGUGGCAUAGUUAAUAAUUUUGAAUUUAAUUUGAGAGAGAGAGAAAUUAAACAGUAUACAAACUUUUCAAGUGCUGCUUUAGUGGCUGAUAAUCCAAGUGGACAUAGAAAAAGUUUAUCUGCUCCUUCUUCAUGGGAACCUGUUAUAAUAGAUGAAGUAAACAAAUGUUCAUUAUCAGAUGAUGACAAAAAUGAAUUAGAAUGUCCUGGUUGUAAGAAAACAUUUCCAAAGAAUCUCCAUCUUGAAUUCCUUGAUCAUUUUGAGGAAUGCCAAUCAACAUCACAAAUUAAGAAAUGAAAAUAAUGAAAAUUAUGCUACAAGUAAUGAUUUAUGAUAAAAUAUUUUAAAUUGAAAACAAAUUCUUUAAAUUGGAUAUUUUAUUAUUUUCAAAAUUGUAAACUUCAAAUCUUAUGAUAGCCUUUAAAUAUUUUUAAAUUAUUACUUGUAGCAUUUUAUUAAAUAGUAAUUGAUUGGUGCAUAGUCCUCAAUUGCUAAUAAAAACUGAAAUUAUUUUACUAUGUUUUUCUUAUGACUGACAUUCUUGUUCAAACUCUUACCUGGCUAAUCAUCAUAAUUGCAUGAAGCAACAAAACAAAAUCCAUAACAAAAUCCUUAGAUAUUUAUUAAUAAACAAAACAGAAAACUGCAGAUUUUAUCCUCAGAAGUUACUAGUAAAAGGUGAAGAAGAUAUAAAGUGAUUAAUUGCAGCAACAUUUGAAGAGAAUAUUUUGCUUUUCUACAAAUUUUUUUGUUUAAUUACAAAAAUGAAAUUUGUACUUUAGUAAUCACAUUAGUUAUUAAAAUAAUUUAUAUGAUUUAUUUAAAUAAAUCAUUUUUAAUAUUGAAUAAAUUUAGGUUAAAUUUAAUUGAUGUUCUUAAAAAAUUUUAAAUAUUGAAGAGUAAUAACUGUAUAUACUUUGUGUAGAUACGUUUACAUUAAUUUAAUGUAUAUAUGUAGCUUAAUAAUAGAAAUAUAUUAUACAUAUAUAUAUUUUUUUCCUUUCUUUGAAAAUAAGAUUUAAUAGGAUUACAAGAAAUGCAAAUACAUAUUUUGUAUAAACUUAUGUUUACCGUAAAUGGAAUGCAUGUUUGCAUCUUAUUUAUUUUUCAUUUUGUGUGAAAGAGAAUCUGUUGUACAGUCACUAUCAAUAAUUUGUAAAUGUACAGUACUGUAUAAAAUUAAUGCAAUACUGUAUACAUAUAUUAAUUUUAUGAAAAUUUCAUAAUAUUGAUAAUAUCAUCUAUUAUUCAUAUUUGUAUUUUAUCAUAACACUAUUAUUUCUAUGAGACUUUUUAUUGAAAAAGUAAAUAAUAAAAUUAGAUUUUGUUGAACUGUAAUACUUCGUUUUAAAGUAAUUUAGUUAAACCAACUACGUUACAAUUUGGAUAGAAAUUUUAAAUUUUCAAACAUAUAUUUUAAAAUUUUGUUACUUAAAUUAAAUAACUUUAAAUUCAAAAUAAAAUGAUUGGUAUUGUUCAAAGUUCCUACUAAAAUUUACCAGGUAUCCUAAUAAUCUGUUAUGAAAAACAUGAAUCAGUUCCAUGACAGAUGAAAUUAUUUGAAUUAUUUUUGUUAAAUAAAAGUAUUUUAAAGUA